AUGCUUAGAAGAACCCUGAGAUCACUCACAGCUGGUUCAGCCAGAUUUCUCAACUACGGUAAACCACAGAACCCUUCAUAUAAUGAGCUCGCUGCAAGGAUAGAUCCCAUCAAGAGAACUGGAGAAACCAUCGAGGUUAAGAGAGCCCGUUUAACUUACCAGUGCAGAAAGAGAGGAAUUUUGGAGAGUGACUUGCUUCUUUCCAGAUUCUCUAAGAAGCAUCUCCAGAGCUUCACCAUGGAACAGUUGGAUGAGUUUGACUCGUUACUCGAUGAGCCUGAUUGGGAUAUUUACUACUGGGCCACCAAAAACUACGACGUGACGCCUUUGCCUGAGAAAUGGAAGAAUUCUGAGAUCCUCAAGUUGUUACAGGAGGAUGCUCAGAAUAAGGAUAGAGAGAUUUUGCGCAUGCCUGAGUUGCACUGA